CAUUUACGUUUCGAUCUCCCAAGUUCCCACUUCAUCGAAGACCCACUCCCCCCCCCAAUUUAAUCCAAAAGUCUCCGGCCAAGCAAAACAGUCCAUUUUUAGCUCGCAACUCCGAUCACCGUCUCCACCGUUCACCGUGUCCGCCCAUGAGUACUCCAGCAGUUCCGGGGGGCUCGGGUUCGUUUACUGGAUUCACCAAGCUAUGCAAGGGCUUAGCCGUUGUGCUAAUUGGCGGGCAUAUCUUGGUUCAGCUUUUUCCUGCGGUUGUUAACUAUCUUGCUCUUAUUCCAGCCAGGACAAUACCUUUUGCCUGGAAUCUCCUAACUGCUGGUUAUAUUGAACAGUCAAUAUAUGGGGUUGUUGUCAGCACAGUUGGCCUCCUGUUUGUUGGAAAGCUGCUUGAACCCAUAUGGGGAUCUAGAGAAUUUUUGAAAUUCAUCUUUGUAGUCAAUUUUCUAACUUCCUUAUGUGUCUUUAUCACAGCAAUUGCCCUGUACUAUAUUACACAGGAGGAAAGUUAUCUUUAUUUGCCUGUAUCUGGUUUCUAUGGGAUCCUGGCUGGAUUCUUGGUUGGGAUCAAACAAAUGAUACCUGAUCAAGAGUUGCCAGUAUUGAAACUAAAAGCUAAGUGGUUGCCAUCUCUUGCUGUUUUGGUAUCCAUUGCCAUAAGCUUUUGGACAACAGGAGCAGCAACAUAUCUCCCCACAAUAAUAUUUGGGACAUACAUCAGCUGGAUUUAUCUGAGAUACUGGCAGAGGAAACCUGAAGCAAAACUGAAAGGCGAUCCUAGUGAUGAUUUUGCGUUCUCUACAUUCUUCCCUGAACUUUUACGGCCAGUCAUUGAUCCAAUUGCAUCAAUAUUUCAUCGUAUGCUUUGUGGAAGAUCUGAAUCCCGUGACAAUGCUGAGGACUAUACUGCUGCAGGCGCCCCGCUGCCCGGUUCAGAUCCCAUUGAGGCAUCUAGAAGAAGAGAAAGGGGAGCCAGAGCUUUGGAAGAGAGACUGGCAGCUGAAAGAUUGGCUGCAGCCAGAAGUGCUCAAGAGUCGGGAAAAGAUGCAACAGAGAAUGUGUGAUUGAUUGAUUGAGAUUAUAUAUGGUCAUCUGAAAGGGUCUACGUUUGUUGAUUAACUUCAUGAACAGGUCCUUUUCUUUAUUCUGAGAUGCAAUUUUGUUUUGCAUAUUCCUUAUGUGGUCCUUUAGUUAAAAAAAAAAAAAGAACAAAAACAAAAUGAUGCUUUGUUUGUGCUUUUUUGCAGCACUGGGGAUUUAUAUGUAUACAGCCCGAGAUAUAUGAGUAGAAUUUCGUCCCAAGUUUCUCCUAAGAUUGACUUUGAAAUACUCUCAAACGUGUUUAUAAUGAUUUGAUUUAUAAUCAAUUUUGAUGGUAUGAAAA